AUGAGGAACAGGGAUGACAAGGACAAUGGGGUUUUGUUUAUUUUUAUUAGAAGUUGCCGCUUGGGAUCGGUGGAGGGAGGGGCUGGCUUUGUGCUGGGUUGGGCACGCUCGGUUAGUUCUCUCACUUCUCUGACUUCUCUUUCUCUUCUCUUCUCUCCUCAGUCCUCUCUGUGCCCUCUUCAGUCUUCACGGAUUCGAUUCCCGGACGAAGAAGACGCUCACCGUCCGCCACCGAUUCUGACCGUCCGCUAUCGAUUCUCACCGUCCGCCACCGAUUCUCAUCGUUCGCUAGCCAGUCGCCAGUCGUCAGUCCGCCACCCAGUCGAUCUCUUCACCGAUCUGAUCUCUUCUCUCUACCGUCCACUGUUGUCGUCGUCGCCAGUCCACCAGUCCGCCAGUCGCCAGUCCACCGUUGCUAAGGGAAUUCUGUUGCUGUAAAUAUCAUUAACACUAGGUUGUUCUUGUUCUUCAUCUCUUUUGUCUGUUUUCUUUUUGGGGCAUGCUCUUUGUUAGUUUGUUGUUGGAGGAGACUUUUAAUUUUGGGCAAAAGAAGAAGUUUGAAGCUGUUUGUGGUGGGUGGCAGUUUGGUUGGAGUCUCUUUUGUUCCAUGUUAUUGUAAAUAUUUGGUACUUUGGCAGUGUAAUCUUGGUCUGUAGUGAGUGGCAGACUGGCAGUUUAUCAUUUCUGUUGUUGUAUUAGUUUUAACUGGCAGUUUAUCAUUUAUAUUGCUGUAUUAGUUUUAAUUGUUGUUGUAUUAGUUUUAACUGACAGUUUAUCAUUUUUGGCAAUGUAAUCUUGGUCUGUAGUGAGUGGCAGACUGACAGUUUAUC